UUUCUCAGUUUAAGCUUACUUCUCUUGAUAAAUUUAUUCGAAGUGCUCGUUAAGCGGUUCGCGAGGUUAAAAUAAGUUAUUAUUACGAUCAUUCUUCAAAAUGGUGGAUGUUUUAGAUAUUGAUAAUGCAGAAGAUUUCGAAGUUGAUGAUGAAGGAGAUCAAGGAAUUGCUCGAUUAAAGGAAAAGGCAAAGAGAAGAAAAGGAAGAGGACAUGGAGCUGAACUGGUAUCAACACGAGAUGAUGUGGGACAUUAUGAAUCUAUGCACGUUGUAGAAGAAGAUGAUGAUGAACCUGGCCCACAAAGAUCUGUGGAAGGAUGGAUUUUGUUCAUUAAUUCGGUGCAUGAAGAAGCUCAAGAAGACGAUAUACAAGAUAAAUUUUCUGAAUUUGGACAAAUAAAAAAUCUACAUUUAAAUUUAGACAGAAGAACAGGCUUUUUGAAAGGUUAUGCUUUAGUAGAAUAUGAAACAUUCAAAGAAGCACAAGCUGCAAAAGAGGCAUUAAAUGGUACAGAUAUUUUAGGUCAACCAAUUUCUGUCGAUUGGUGUUUUGUUAAAGGACCCAAAAAGUAAAAUUAGGAAAAGGAGUCAUAGAAGACGGUGAAAAUAAACACGAACAUAUAUAUAUAUAUAUAUAUAUAUAUAUAUAUAUAUAUAUAUAUAUGAUAUAUAAUACAAUAUAAAAAAAUAACUUUUUUACUAUUUGUUUCUUUAAAAAUAACAAUAUUAAUGUGAAAAAUGAUAGUUGAUUCUGAGAAAAUUUGUUUCUCAUAUUUUUUGAAUGUCACAAUAUCAUUUACUUUUAUUUUAUCUGUAUUCUUUCAAUUAAAUUUAUACUUGUAUUCAUCGUAUAAAUAAAAUGCUUAACAAACUUA